AUGGCUGCUCUAUCUUCUCUGUCAUUCUCAGCAAUGAACUCACAGAGAAAAUCAACUCUUCCUUCCACUCGUUACCUUGCUUCCAAUUCUGAUAUCUUUGGAAUUCGGACAGAUUCCUUGUAUCAUUGUGUCGGUGUUCGAGCUUCCAAUUCUUCAUCUAAUAUGGUUAUUCAAUGCAUGUCUUCAGUCACAGAUGUUCCCAGUGUUUCUGAGACAAAGUUAAACUUCCUAAAGGCGUAUAAACGACCGAUCCCGAGUAUCUAUAACAAUGUGCUGCAGGAGCUCAUUGUUCAGCAACAUUUAAUGAGAUACAAAACAUCAUACCGUUAUGAUCCGGUAUUUGCUCUUGGUUUUGUCACUAUAUAUGAUAAAUUCAUGGAAGGGUAUUCUAGUGAAGAAGACCGAGACACUAUAUUCAAAGCUUAUAUUAACGCGUUGAAGGAAGAUCCAGAACAAUACAGAAUAGAUGCACAAAAGUUGGAAGAGUGGGCUAGAGCUCAAAAUUCAUCUUCUCUGGUUGAGUUUUCAUCCAAAGAAGGAGAAGUUGAGGGGAUUUUAAAGGAUAUUGCAGAAAGAGCAGGAGGAAAGGGAGAAUUUAGUUAUAGUCGUUUCUUUGCGGUAGGCCUUUUUCGUCUUCUUGAGUUGGCAAAUGCAACAGAACCAACAAUUUUAGAUAAGCUUUGUGCGGCUUUGAACAUUAACAAAAAAAGCGUUGAUCGGGACUUGGAUGUGUAUCGUAUGCUGCUUUCCAAGCUGGUUCAAGCAAAGGAGUUGCUAAGAGAAUAUAUUGACAGGGAGAAAAAGAAAAGUGAAGAAAGGGCUGAACCACAGAAGGCUAACGGGGCCAUUUCAAAAUGUUUGGGGCAACAAUUGUCUGUUCUGUAG